AUGGAGGCCGCGAGUGGGCUGCGCGGCGACGGCGUUGAGGAGGCUGCACCUGGGCUGCGUGGAGUGGAGGCAGGCCUCGGUGCGGCGCGGGCGGGCGUGCUGGCUAUGGAGCGGCGCGUGAGCCUCGCGAGCGGGCGAGCCGGCGGCAGGGCGGCACGCGUGCGACAUCAUGGCGUUGGUGCUACCCAUACAUGCUGCUUGCUGGUGUGGACGAUGGCCACAGGCAUUGGAGGAGUGGCGACCGGCUUCUCAGUUCGGCCAUCCCCUGACACGUUGGUACCACGAAGUGGAGGAUUUCUGGUGGCGGUGCUCCGGCUGUGGCGUGGCAGCUGCCUGCAGUUGGUGUCGUGGUGGUGGAGACCAAGUCGAUUACUCAAGAGGCAGGUGUCCUCGGCGGACGAAGAUGGUCAGGUAGAGGUGCUGAUGCAGUGUUUGCAGGGCACAACGGUUGGUAGUUGGAGGGCGACGGUAUGGUGGGCCGUGCGCCAGUAG